GUUCCUUUCUGGUUUGAUGACUACCCGGACUCAGAACUCAGAGAACGAUCAACUCACAUUAUACUCUAGAGACAAAAAACAUCAUGGAUACCCCUGUGCAGGAAACCGAGGCCGCUCUGUCUGUCGUCAACCACCCACCAAAACGGUUGCUGGGGCCAUCCUUGCUUCACCAUUUGGUGCAGAACAACUCCCAGGACGAUCAGGCGGCUAUAGAAUUCCUCUCAAUAGACGGGAGCCGAAUAUCUGUAUCGUACGCCGAAUUACACGAUGCGUCUGAGGCCCUGGCAUGCCGGCUUUCAGCUAUGAUUGGUCCUUUGGACUCUCUCAAACCGCUGGUUAUCCCGGUUCUCGUCCCGCAAAGCCCCGAACUCUACAUUGCGCUUCUGGGCAUUCUAAAAGCUGGCGGAGCCUUCUGCCCGAUGAAUCUGGAUGUGCCACUUGAGCGUGCCAAGUUCAUUCUGGAGGAUGUCUCCGCCAAAGUUGUCAUCACAACAUCCCAACUGGCGCCAAAGCUCCCGGAUGGCGAACAAGCGGUGUUGCUUCUCGAUGGAGAUGAAUGGGCCAACCUCCCGGCAGCGAAUACGCUGAGACAACCGGCCCCAACCGACCUGGCAUACGUGAUGUACACAUCUGGCUCGACUGGGACGCCGAAAGGAGUUGGGGUAUCCCACGACGCGGCCACCCAAAGCCUACUUGCGCACGACCGCCACAUCCCGCAGUUCUCGCGCUUCCUCCAGUUUGCCGCCCCAACCUUUGACGUCUCCGUCUUCGAAAUCUUUUUUCCCCUCUACAGGGGCAAAACCCUCGUCAGCUGCACCCGAUCAGCCCUACUCAAUGACUUGCCCGGGGUUAUCCGGGAGAUGGAUGUGGACGCAUGCGAGCUGACGCCCAGCGUCGCCGCCAGUCUCCUCCGCAGACGGGAAAACGCCCCUGGUCUACGGCUGUUGUUGACCAUCGGGGAGAUGCUCACACAGCCGGUGAUCGAAGAAUUCGGCGGCGGCGAGGAGCGGCCGAGCAUUCUCUGGGGCAUGUAUGGACCGACCGAAGCAUCGAUCCACUGUACACUUCAGCCCGCCUUCGCCAGCGAUUCGGCGGUUCGCAAUAUUGGCGUCCCAUUGGAUACUGUUUCGGCUUUUGUCUUGAUGAUCCCUGAAGAGGGUAGUACAAGCCCCGAAUCCGUGGUGGUGCUGGGCCGAGGAGAAAUCGGUGAGUUGGCUAUAGGUGGCUACCAGCUUGCCGAUGGUUAUCUCAACCGGCUCGAGCAAACGUCAACUGCCUUCAUCCACAGUCCGUAUGGCCGUCUUUACCGGACCGGAGACAAGGCGAAGAUGCUUGCAGAUGGCACAUUGGAGUGUCUCGGUCGGAUCGCGGACGGGCAAGUCAAACUCAGGGGGCAGCGGAUGGAGCUUGGUGAGGUGGAGCAUGCCGCCCUGAGGACGCCGGCCUGUCACAGCGCGGUGGCUGUGGUUAUGGAUGCCACACUGGUUCUCUUCUGCGCUGUCGACGGCAUAGAUACCGCUGAGGCUGCCAUUGUGGAGUCUUGCCGACGAUGGCUGCCGGGAUUCAUGCACCCUGGCGAUAUUGUGGUCGUGGAAAGCUUUCCGCGGCUGGCAUCUGGAAAAGUCGAUCGGAAGCGGUUGGUGGCAGACUAUGCCAGCCGAGCAACCGGAACACUCGAGAAAACAUCUUACAAAGAUGAGUUGGAGGAGCGGCUUUGCGACCUCACGGGUCACUGCUUAGGAGUGAAGAUUCAACCGAGCCAGGAUUUGGCCCGGGCAGGAUUGGAUUCGCUCAACGCUAUUAGGCUUGCCUCGGUCCUCAAAGAUGCCGGAUUGAGUGUUGGGGCGAUCGAUAUCCUCGAAGCUCGAACAGUCUCUGCGCUCUCUUCACGGGUGCGGUCAAAUAUGGAAACGGGGGGUUUCGAGCCGGUUGCUUUGGCUGCAGACCCAGGACUGGAUAUUGCGGACGUUGUGGCAAACUCAAUCCUAUCGACGCAUCUCUGGCCCAUUGAGGCUAUUGUCCCAUGUACACCGCUUCAGUCCUCUAUGCUGGCUGAGACCACGGCAGAUGCCCGCGCGUACUGUAACUGGGUCGAACUCGGUGUUGCUGGCACUCACUCGGGGGAAACGAUCCACACGUGGAUUUCACAGCUAGCGCAAGCAAACGAGGUGCUCCGGAGCGGCUUCAUACAUCAUGAUGGCGGUUUUCUACAGGUCAUUUUUGAGCAGCUCCCCGAAUCCAGUAUUUCGAUCACCGACUCCGUCUCUAGAGAUUUCGAGUUUCACGAAGAUGUUGACUUCCUUCGCCCAUUCCGGGUUCAGGUAUUUCCUUCUAGGGAGUGCGAUAAUACAACAGUCGUCAUGCAACUUCAUCAUGCAGUGUAUGAUGGAUGGUCUUUGGAUCUGGUGCGCUCAGAUCUAGCCAAGUUGAUCGAGGGGAAGGAACUCAACCCCCGACCUCAGUUCCGUCAGGUCUCAACAUACCAACAGUCAGCGAAAACCAGCCCGACAUUUGACGCGGCGAGGGAAUUUUGGUCCCAGACCCUUCUUGGCUUCCAACCUCCCACGCUCCCGAUCCUCACCCCCGAGAUGAACCGCACACCUGCCGUUUUGUCGUCAACUACCUCACUCGAUAUCAGCCCGCAACGGGUGAGGAUGGCUCUCCAGGACAUUGAAUGCGGACCUCAAACAAUUUUCCAGGCCGUACUGGCAUGGAUUUGGAGCUCUAUGGUUGGCGCCGGGGACGUAGUGGUUGGCUCGAUCCAAUCCGGAAGAACGAUACCUGUCGACAAGAUUGAGGACAUCCUCGGCCCCUGCAUCGUGGCCGCGCCUAUCCGGACGGACUUGUCCCAAGUGCGAACCAUCAGAGAUCUCUUGGUCUGCAUCAAUGCCGGGAACCGGGAAGCUCUCCCGCAUGGGGUUUUACCUCUUUCCGAGAUCAGGCGGGCUGCGGGUAUUCGUUCAAGACAGUCAAUUUACGAUGUUCUUUUUAUCUACCAGGAAUCUCUCUACAGCAAUUCGAAAAAUAUCAACACCGUUAAACAAGUAGCCCACCGAGACUACUUGGAGACGAAGCUGCUGGUUGAAGUCGAACCAGGGGACAAGGGGUUCGACUGUCGCUUGACGUACCACUCCGAUGUGUUCCCGGAAACCCAGAUUCGCGUCCUGGAAAACUUGAUUCCCGCACUGGUGUCCCAUGUGCUCGAAAACAUCAAUUCGGAUAUCUCUUCGUUCCAGAAGGCUUGCCCACAAGACCUGCUCUCCAUCUUCAACCCCAGCCCGGAGACCUUUGCUGGGAUUCCAGAUCUGGCUACCGCCGUCGAGCGUGUAUCUGCCGAGUUCCCAGACAAGGAUGCAAUUUGCUUUGCGGACAACAUUUCAGACGGCAUCCUCACAACUACCGCGAUCACCUUCGCAGAGCUCAACAGGAUGGCAGAUCGCAUUGCUUGGCACCUCGCACAACAAGGUGUGGGUGAGGCAGGGGUGGUCGGCAUCAUCAUGGAAAAGUCUAUCCGACUUUAUGCUGGGAUUCUCGCCAUUCUCAAGACCGGUUGUGCAUACGUGCCUCUUCUGCCCAGCACUCCAACGGCCCGAAUCAAAACGAUACUCGAACAGGCGGGUGUCGGGAUUUGCGUCGUUGACACCGCUACCCAUGGAAAGUUGCGGCGGCGACUGCAGUGCAGCUUCCUCGACCUCCAGUCCCUCGACCUCCUUCAACCAUCCCCCGUUUUGGGCAAACCCCUCCCGGACCCGGAGCGACUGGCGUACAUCAUCUACACCUCUGGAAGCACAGGGAUACCGAAGGGUGUUUGCCUCACACAACGCAAUAUUAUGGGAAACCUUGACAUGCUGUCACGAAUCUACCCGGUAAAUGAAGACUCCAGAUUCCUGCAGUCUUGCUCGCAGGCAUUCGACGUGUCGGUGUUUGAGAUCUUCUUUGCCUGGACACAGGGCAUGUGCCUCUGUUCCGGGACCAACGACACGCUCCUCGAGGAUCUGGAGAGGGCCAUUCGCAAGCUCAACGUCACUCAUCUCAGCAUGACACCUACUGUGGCAUCGCUCGUUGAUCCAGUCAAGGUCCCACGAGUGGAGUUUCUUGUCACUGCUGGCGAGCCGAUGACCGAGGCUGUGGCGCACAAAUGGGGCGACAAACUGUAUCAGGGGUAUGGGCCGUCAGAGACAACCAACAUCUGCAGUGUCAAGAAAAUGAGCGCUGGUCAGGCGAUUCAACAUCUUGGAUGGUCAUUCGAGAAUACGUCAACCUUUGUUCUCGCCCAGGGCAGCACGGAGAUUGUCCCUCUCGGUUGCUUGGGAGAGUUCUGCUUUGGCGGUGACCAAGUUGCUCAGGGGUACCUCAGCUUAGAGGACCUCACGGCAGCAAAAUUCAUCCAUCACCCCACAUUUGGCCGGAUUUACAGGUCGGGUGACUUGGGGCGCAUGCUUCCGGAUGGAUCGAUGGUUAUCCUUGGCCGUGCUGACGAACAGAUCAAGAUCAGAGGGCAGCGGGUCGAGCUCGACGAAGUUACUGAGGCCGUCCGGCAGUCGGGGAAUGUUGACUGUGCUACCCUGUUCCUAAAGGCUGAAGAUACGGGUACCCGAGACCAGAUAAUUUCGUUUGUCGUGUUGAAAACGAAGGAGACGACCAAGUCCCAAGCGCUUGGUGUUGAUGACGCAGUCAAGGGGAAUAUCCAGUCCAUGUACCACGCCAUCGGGACCCGACUUCCGGUAUACAUGCUCCCUUCCGCGAUCAUCCCAAUCUCGACUCUACCCACCACGUCAUCUGGAAAGCUGGAUAAGGCGAGGCUGAAACAGGCUUUCCGGGACUUUGGGCACCAACAGCUGGCCCUGGUCAGCUAUGGAGCUGAUCAUAACGCAGACGAUGGAGAAUGGUCUACCGCUGAAACGGAGGUUGCUCAAACCAUAUCUAACGCGUUGAACGUCAACAUGGCCGAUGUCGAGCGAUGGACUCCGUUGGUCACCCUUGGGUUGGAUUCCAUUUCCGCCAUUCAGGUGUCGAGGGACCUGUACACAAAGCUCGGCACACGGUUUCCGAUAUCAGUCAUCCUACAGAACCCCAGUGUCGCAAGACUCGCCAAGGUGCUAUCGGAACCGGGUAGUUGUGGACAGGAGCAACGACAAGCUCCAGAGCUUUUGCCACGGGAUGUUCUCGAGAAAGUUGCCGAGGGGCUAACACAAGUUGGCAAGCCGUUCACCAAGAUCCUCCCCUGUACUCCGCUACAGGAAGCCAUGCUCGCAACGUCAUCUGCGGACGGACAGUACCUCAACCACAUGUUAUUCAGGGUCAGGGGUGACCUGGAGCAGUUGAAGGAGGCAUGGAAUGCUAUGGUGGCCCGCCACCAUAUCCUCCGCACAUGCUUCGUAGCGACAAACGAUGUGCGGUGGCCGAUUGUGCAAAUCGCCCUCGAUUUAUGGCAGCCCUCCUGGUACGACCUGGGCUCUCGCUCUGACAUCGAGGAGUGUAUUCACGCCCAUUCUCAGAUGAUGCCGAACGCCGUCGACUCACUGGAACCCGCAGUAUCGUUUGCGACGUUCAGACGGAACGACAGUGUGUAUCUAUCCUUCCUGUGCCACCAUGCUUUGUAUGACGGCGUGGCUAUCGAAAGGCUAUUGUUUGAAGUCGAGCAACGUAUUCUUGGCUUCUCACUCCCACCAGCCCCUGAGUACGAUCGGUUCCUCGGAGAAUCCCUCAGGUUGCCGACCACGACGGACAACUUCUGGCUUGAGCACCUUGCCAGCUAUGAGCCCAAACUCACAACAAACCUUGUUUCGACCCUUCCUGAAGCUGGGGCUCGCGAGCUGGCCUAUGAACUGGAAAUUACACUGUCCGAAGCCACGGUCAGGACCCGGGAGCUUGGGGUUUCGCUGUUGGCGCUCAUUCAAACAGCAUGGGCAACGACUCUUGGCCGCAUCUUCCAGACUAGUGACGUUUGUUUCGGAAACGUUGUCAACGGUCGGUCUCUUCCCAUCGACGGCAUCAGCGAACUUGUUGCGCCGUGCUUUAACACGAUACCCAUCCGCAUGGACCUCUCUCGAAGACAGCGGAAUCUUGAUGUGAUGAGAGGGUUUCACAGGCUCAAUACGGCGCUCAUAAAGUACCAAUUUACACCUCUCCGGCGGAUCCAGUCAAUGAUUGCCGAGCAUAGCAACCGGGCUUUGUUCGAUACCCUUUUGCUCUUGCAACAGCCAUCCCGGCCACUGGACCAGGAUCUUUGGACUUUAGAACGAGAUGCUGGGGAGAUGGAUAUUCCCCUUGUUUGUGAAGUAAUACCAAACGGCCACUCGAACCGGUUAAUGGUCAAAAUGCAUACUGUCGAGAGACGACCACUCCCGCAUGGGAUUGCCAAGCUGGCCUACGACCUGUUUUCUGAUGCGUUUCGGAAUUGCCUUCGGUUCCCCGGUUCCCAUACAGCGCACACAGACAUGUCUGAAGGGCUGGCGGAGCGGCUCCAUCGGAUCGAAUACCGACCUCCACCCCCCGACAUCGCUACAACACGGCAAGAGACCACAGCUGAACAAUGGACAACAACGGAAAGGUCUAUCCUGGAGGUAUUGCAAACCUUAGUGCCACCGGGCUCAGAGGAGAUCCACCGCAACACGACGAUAUACCGACUUGGCCUGGAUAGCAUCAGCGCAGUCCAAAUCGCCUCAAUGCUUCGAAAGGGUGGUCAACAGGUAGUUGCAAGCGAUGUCAUCGAGAACCCGACGUGUGCCAGUCUCGCAGAAUUCAUUGAAACACGCACCCCUGGCUCGGGGGCUAGGUCGGCAUACGACACCGCCGGAUUUCAGGCUCACGUCCGGCCUCAAGUUCUAGCACACGGGAUUACACUGAAGGCAGUUGAGGCUGUGCUCCCAUGCACCCCCCUUCAAUCCUCCAUGAUGGCGCAGUUCAUCAAGUCAGGGGGGCGGGACUACUUUAACCACGUUGAUUUCGAGCUCGACGAUGGACUGGAAGCCGCCAGGGUCGUUCAAGCGUGGCAGGUUGUCUUGCGAACACACCCCAUACUUCGAACUACCAUUCUACCUAUCGAGCAUGAAGACUGCGCAUUUGCCAUGGUUCAAUACCACGCGGACGCGUUUGAACACGGAACAGACACUAUCAUCCAGAGUGUAGCCGACAGGUUCGACCUCCACGCCUGGAAACUUGGUGCCUCCCAGGCGGCUUUCGAACCACUUCGGCCACGGCUAUGGAGUGUUGCUAUUGUCCAAGGGCAGGCCGCAACGAACAUGCACCUUGCAAUGCACCAUGCACUUUAUGAUGCUCAUUCUCUCCAGUCGAUGCUCAAGGACCUGUCACGGGUGACGAUGGGCCGGGAGCUCCUGCCCAGACCCCCCAUCGCAGAGGCUAUCUCGGACAUACUUGGCCAUGCCCUUUCGAACUCGGAGAGCUCUGCGAAUUUCUGGAAGCAGCAAGCGGAUAAGGUUGUCAUCAACCCAUUCCCAAUACUGACACCCCUUCGGGAAGCAUCACGAGAGAUACUGGCGGAAUCAAUCACAAGCACCACUCUGUUAACUACAUUGGAAGCUGCCGCAUCAAAGUCAGGAUACCCUGUGCAAGUCAUUCUCCAAGCGGCUUGGACACGAGUUUUGUCUGCGUACCUUGGGGAAAGUUCAGUCGUCUUCGGAGUUGUUCUCUUCGGACGCAACGUGGAAGCGACAAGGAAUGCUGUGUUCCCCUGCAUUACCACGCUGCCCGUCAUUUCCAUCAACAGUCAUUCGAAUCAGACCCUGUUGUCGCAAAUGCUGCGGUACAACACCAAUCUCUACAAGGAGCAACAUCAACCUCUCACACGGCUACAGCAAUGGCUAGGAUGUCCCGAUUCCAAGCUGUUCGACUCGCUGCUGGUUUACCAGAGGCUCGACCGAGACGCGUCGGUGGAACAGCACUGGAGAAUUGUGAACGAGAGCGCCAACAUGGAUUACCCCCGUUUCCAUCGAGGUCGAGCCAAGGUCCUGCCUCCAGAUAUUGCUGAGAUCUCCACAGAGGUCAAAUUCCUGCACCAGUUCGUGGAGCUUCGCGCUCUGCAAGCCCCUGACACGACUGCGCUUCAUUUUGUGAGAGGGUAUGAUGGGAAUGCGCCGAUUGGAGACACAUGGACCUACGCAGAGCUCAACGACAACGGCAACCGGGUGGCGCAGCUAUUGCUUCCGCGGGUCAACCCCCGAGAUAUCGUUGCUGUCUACUUCGACAAGUGCCCUGAAGCGUACUUUUCGAUUCUGGGGAUUCUCAAAGCAGGAUGUGCUUUCCUCGCCCUGGAUCCUGCAGCACCACGCGCAAGGAACGAGUUCAUCUUACAAGACUCUGGAGCCUCAAUCCUGGUUACUUCUAAAGCCGCCAAGGAGAACCUCGAACUCUCUACCAUCAUUCCGACUAUUUUCGUUGAUGAAGGGCUUUUGUCAACUGCACCAUCGCAUCCUUUGGUUCAAACUCAACAACAGCUGCAACCCAACGAUGUUUGCUACUGCCUGUACACAUCUGGCACAACCGGGACGCCUAAAGGAUGCGAAAUUACCCAUGAUAACGCUGUCCAAUGCAUGCUUGCCUUUCAGCACAUCUUCAAGGGCCAUUGGCAAGAGGACUCAAGAUGGCUGCAGUUUGCGUCGUUACAUUUUGAUGUCUCCGUCUUGGAACAGUACUGGAGCUGGUCGGCGGGCAUCACACUCGUUGCUGUCCCUCGAGACUUGAUCUUGGAAGACCUCGCUGGCACAAUUUCUCGCCUUGGAAUCACCCAUAUCGACCUCACCCCCAGCCUAGCCCGGCUGCUACAUCCUGAAGACGUGCCAAGCCUCUGCGAAGGGGUCUUCAUUACCGGCGGUGAGGCCCUGAAACAAGAGAUCCUUGAUGUUUGGGGCUCCAAAGGCGUCAUCUACAACUUCUAUGGCCCCACAGAGGCAACUAUAGGUGUCACCGUAUUCCCACGGGUACCAAUGACCGGCCGGGCAUCAAAUAUUGGGAAGCAGUUUGUCAACGUCGGCUCUUACGUGCUAAAACCGGGAACACAGCAGCCCGUCCUCCGUGGCGCGGUCGGCGAGCUUUGUGUUUCUGGACGGCUGGUCGGAAAAGGCUAUCUCAAACGCGAGGACCUCACCGCUCAGAAGUUCCCGACCCUCCAACAAUUUGGAGACAGGGUCUACCGCACCGGGGACUUGGUGCGUGUCCUUCAUGACGGAUGUUUCGACUUCCUUGGCAGAGCAGAUGACCAGGUCAAGCUCCGCGGCCAGCGUCUUGAGAUUGGAGAGAUCAACCAUGCUAUCCGUAAAGGGGUCGAGUCCAUCCAGGAUGUUGCCACGCUUGUCGUGCGCAACGAAUCCCAAAAAAAGGACCUUCUUGUCUCCUUUAUCACGACUGGUGACGGGGCUAAGGGACAAGAAUCAGGCGGCACCUCGCUCGAAAUCCUGGAUGGCCUUGAUGCAGCAGAACUAUGCCGACGCGCCAGAGACGCCUGUCGCUCUAAGCUUCCCGGUUACAUGGUCCCGACCUAUGUGCUUCAGGUUUCGUCCAUCCCGUUGUCUUCCAACAACAAGGCCGAGACCAAACGAUUGGCGAAGUUCUUUACUUCACUGACCCCUGACAAACUCAUAUCAUUGUCUUCAUUGCCGAGCGUGUCUCGUAGAGUUCUCAGUGUAACCGGCACGAGGAUCGUGGCGGUGCUCGCUAGAAUGCAGAAGAUCGAACCCGGCUCAAUAACAGCAGAGUCGAGCAUAUUCGAGCUCGGCAUCGACUCCAUCACUGUUCUCCGUCUCUCCCGCGCCCUGAAGAGGGAGGGGUUUGCAGCGGCCAGCCCAUCGUUGGUUCUUCGCCACCCCUUAAUAGGAGAUUUGGCUUCAUCUCUGGAGAUCGACGAGUCCAUUCACAGUUCUGAUUCAGUCGCGACGGCAAGGCAGCUCGUCCAAGCCUGCGGUCAUAAGCACCGAGCGCACGCUUCUCGAGAACUGGGCGUCAUGCCGGACGAGAUCGAAUACAUCGCACCCUGUUCACCUUUACAACAGGGCAUGAUCUCGAGGUCUUCCAUUGAUAGCGCAUAUUUCAACACUUUCCAGUUCAUCCUGGCACCAAGUGUCUCAGCUGAGAACAUGCGUAUUGCACUACAGGGACUUCUUGAUGCGCACGCCAUCCUACGAACCAAGUUUGUGAGCACGGCCGACGGCGUCGUUCAGGCCGCUCUCAAGUGUAGCUCUUUACCGUGGAGUGAAAUGCAGGUCGAAGAUGGAACGUCAACCGAGGACGCAAUCAGCAAGACACGGAAUGCCUGGAUCAUACGAAAUGAGGAACAUCUUGCCGAACCAUUUCAUGUCGCCCUCGUCAACAGUGACGGCGUUCGUCUCCUCGCCAUCCACAUAUUCCACGGCCUCUACGAUGCGAACAGUUUUAACAUCUUCCUUGACCAACUAGCAACGCAAUAUCUGGUGGGGAGCCUCGAUGAGCCCACGCAAGCAGCCGACGAUAUGCGGGGGCCAUCCUUCGUCGAUGCACUGUGUCAUGGACCUCUGCAAGACUUUAGCAACAGCAAGGCAUUCUGGAAGAAGCAUCUUGAAGGUGCAACUGUUGCCCGUCACUUCAGCCGUUCGACGCCCCCGCCUACCAUCAGCAUCACACGCAAAGUUCAUUUCGGUGAUCUUGAUGCGUUGAGAACCAACUUAAGAGUCACACACCAAGCAUUGGUGCAAGCCGCAUGGGUCGGUGUUUUGUCUAAACACCGCUCCGCAGACCCAACCAUCGGCAUCAUCGUUUCUGGGAGGAGCAUUGAGUUGGACAACGCGGAGGCUGUUGUCGGACCAUUGUUUAACACAGUCCCUUUCCAUGCGCGUAUCACCGCACAAGGGGGAUCUACCUGGUCGACCUUGAUUCAUCAGUGCCAUGAGUUUAACACUACCGUCUUGGCUUUCCAGCACGUUCCUCUCCGUGACGUGCAGAAAUGGUGCUCGGGGGGGCAGCCAUUGUUCGACACAUUGUUCUCUUUCCAACGGGAUGAGGAACAGGAGUUCAAGCACAGAACGCUGUGGACGGCGGUCGACUCGGAACCCAAUGCUGACUACCCUCUGGCGCUGGAAGCCACCCUGGGCUCAAACGGCCAUCUCAGUCUGCUUAUCGUUGCGCAGGAUGAGGGGGCCGUACCAGUCGCGGCUUUGAUGGAUGACCUGGAACAAGCGCUCAAGAACAUGGCCAGGAAUCCGAACGAUGUCGUGGAAUGUCCAUCGCCCAGCUUAGCCCCCGAAGCGGUUUGGGGCACUACUCCAAAUGACGAUGCGACAAACGAAUGCAUGGUGAAUGGGCACCAUCCCCAACCUUCUGUCGACGAGCCACCCUUUGAGUGGACCAAAGAUGCUCUGAUAAUGCGCAACGAGAUAGCUGACCUCGCCAACAUAAAUCCGCAAUUUGUCCCUGAGGACGCACCCCUCCUAAGUUUAGGUCUCGAUAGCAUCGACGUGAUCAGACUCUCUGCACUGCUUCGGAGAAAAGGGGUUAAUAUCAAGACCAGCGACCUAAUGAAAGCGCAGACUAUCGCCGCCAUGAUGGAGCUCCUACAAGCCAGGUUGCAUAGCGCCAACACCAACGGCAUCGAAGACACUGCCAGAGCGCAAAGCAGGCACCAAGUAACCACCGCUCUACAGGAGUAUGUGCGGAAAGUGGGCGAGCUUCUUGACGGUGAGGUUGUGCUGCCCGCAACACCGCUGCAGGAGUCGAUGGUCAUGGAGAUGGUCGAAUCUGAUUUUCAGCUAUACUUCAACCACGACAUCCUAGAACUUGCGCCUUCGGUGGAUGUCACCAGGAUGGCGCACGCGUGGAGGACUGUGAUCGCUGGCUCACCCAUUCUCCGAACUAGGUUCAUAUCAGUCGAGAGCCCCGAGUUAGGGGCCUCGUACUGCCAAGUCAUCGGUGACGGCUCCUCGGUGCGCAUGACUGAAGUCAACUUGAAUACGACCGAGGAGUUGGCGACGGCUUGUUAUACGGCGACGCUCCGAGCUCAGAAAGGGGGAGGCAAGUCCGAUCUUCUGCAGCUGGUCUUCGCGACAGACGGUGAUCAGACAUUCCUGGUCCUUUCCAUUGCUCAUGCGCUGUACGACGGGUGGUCUCUCAGCCUGAUCCACCAAGCCGUUCAUGCGGCGUAUGAAGGGACAUACCGGGCCCAGAAUUUGGAGUCGUACACCCAGCAGCUUAAGGGUGUAUUGUUCCAGGGCCAUUGUGAUGCCCAGGCAUUCUGGGCUGGCUUUCUCCAAGGUGCUAGUCCGACGUUGCUUCCUGAGACUGAGUCGGCGUCCGACCAAAACUCCGUGAUUCACCGGGACGAAGUGACUUGGCCUAUCUCGCUGUCAGAGACAAUAGCCUUCUGCAAAGCCAAUGCCAUAACCCUGCAGACUCUGGGGCAGGCGUGCUGGGCUGCUUUUCUAGCCGCGAAAACAGGGUGCUUGGAUGUCACUUUCGGCGUGGUGCUUUCUUGUCGGGACACCGCGUCCCUCGAGGAACUCGUGUUCCCGACAAUGAACACUGUCCCAGUCAGGAGUAUCUUGCACGGCAAGAUCUCAUCCUGGAUUCGCUACAUGCAGGACAACAUGAACAGUCUCGGUCCUUACCGGCACUUCCCCCUAAGGGCAGCACAAAGGCUGGCUAAGAGCAACGGCCCUCUCUUCAAUACUUUGUUUAUUCAGCAACGAGGGCUUCCAGCAGUCAACGAGCAUGGCGAGAAGAAGCUCAUGGAGUCGAUUGGCGGGACGGCGAGGGUGGAAUACCCGGUGUGUGUGGAAAUGGAGGUGAUGGAGAGCAAGCUUGUCUGGCGGAUGGCCUGUGAUGGCGCGUACGCAUCUCCAGAUUUAACAGUGGAAAUGCUGCGGGAACUCAACCAAGUCAUUGUCUACAUUAUGCGUUCUUCUGGGGAGAGCGUGGCCACGUUUUCGGGAGAGCGAGUUUCGGUGUGCGGCCAGCCCUCUGUUACGCUUCGAGCAGCACGUGUUCCCAGCACAGUCACGACCGAGUUGGUAACGAAAGAUGGUGGUCCAUGGUCCCCCCUGGAGGAAGCCAUCAGGGGUGUGUUGGCUGUUGUCUCAGGGAUGCCGGCUGCAACCAUUCUGAAGCGGAAUAACAUUUAUCAUCUCGGCCUGGACUCGAUCAGCGCCGUCAAGGCUGGUUCGCUGUUACGGAAGAAGGGAAUAUCGAUCGGAUUCCGAGACAUGCUUAAGGCAGGAUCGAUAUCCGAAAUUGCGAUGCUGGCCCGUGAAGCCCAACCGAUCCCGACACCACCUGAGUCCGCCAGCGGCGGAGACGAAGCCACCGAUGCGUCUGCUGUUCUGUCAGAUGUGGACCUACCUACCAUCCUUCGCGGCAUCGGGGUCGACGAAUCCGAGGUUGAGGAAGCGCAGCCCGCCACAUCGAUGCAGGUGCAUAUGCUCUCGGUAUGGCAGAACACGCAGGGGAGAGUGUUCUACCCAUGCUUCCAAUACACGUUAUCCGGGAAAUUGGACAUCACAACUAUUGCAACAGCAUGGAAAUCUCUGGUGGCCGAGACGCCCAUCCUCAGAACUGUGUUCGUCUCAACCAACUCACGAUCGACUCCAAUUCUACAGGUCACCCUUCACUCCUCGACAUUUCAGCAGACGGAGCCUUCAAUCAACGACACGACGUGGCACACGCGGACAACGCAGCAUUUGCCACCGCGGUACAACUCCCUGCACGUGGAGAGGGACGGAGACAGUUUGGCUUUGCAGCUGAAGAUCCACCACGCACUCUACGAUGCCGUUAGUCUGCCGGCGAUCAUGGAGAGAUUCUCGGCACUCUGUUCCUCCAAGGACACUGAACAACAUAGCAGCUCCACCUUUAACUGGCGAACCCUUCUCUCUCCCCGUCUUUCCCACAGCGGUCGUCUUGCACGGCAGCAAUUCUGGACCCAGUAUCUUGCCGGCACCCAACGCCAACCACACCCUCAGCGAAGUGGGGGAGACGUCAGCUCCCGGGUGAGCACCAUCAAACACGCCGCUCUUCAAGGGGUUUCUGCCGCGGUGAAGCUAUGCAAAGAAAGAGGAGUGAGCCUGCAAGCCCUCUUCUUCGCCGCGUAUGCAGAGUUCCUUGCUUCCACCGCCGUUCUGAACGGCGCUGAGCGGCCUGAAACGGUAGUAUUUGGCAUUUACCUUGCCAACAGAGCCGAGAACGAUCCCGGUACAAACACCUACCCCUUCCUGCGUCUGGUACCGCUCCGAGUUGUGUUGCAAGAUGGGCCCGAUUUGUUCGAUCUUGCGGCAGCGAUCCAGAGGGAUAUCCACACCAUCUCGUCACCCGCUCACGUGGAGGUUGGGCUGUGGGAGAUCAAGGACUGGACGGGCGUCACGGUCGACUCGUUUGUGAAUUUCCUAGCGGCACCUCCGUCCGCCCUUAAUGAACGGGGAGAUUUGCUGCUAGAGCUGCGGAAAGCACCGGCGGCCGGCGAUCCAAUUACUCAUGAUGGGUCACAUGGUAAUUUUGAGGAGUUAGCCCGGGAGAUAACGAGCAAUCUUGCAAGGGAUGCAUUUCCGGGUCACUGA